AUGUCGCACCCCGCCUUUUCACCUGGGCAGCCCCCGGGCAUGACCGGCAGCGCGGGAGGCACUGGCUCCGCCUUGCUCCCCAACAUCACAGCUGAGCUUCGCGGCGAGUUCUACCCGCUCCUCUCCACCCUCGCCAGCUGUGAGAGCAGCAUCUCGGCCACGUACGUGAUGGAGCUCUUCUUCACGCUCGUCCGUCUCGACGCAGUGCUCAAGGCAAAGGAACGGGAGCUUUUCGUGAGCACCGCACAGCAGCUUAUCACGCGGCUUCUGCAACAACUGCAGAGGGUGCAUCACAUGCGGCAACUCAUCGACGAGAACGAGCGCUUCGUCGGCGAGCUCGUCGAGCGGUGUGCUGCGCUGGAACGCCUGUGUGGCGCCCGCGACGGCGACGGUGACUGUCACACGAACGAUGGCGAAGACGCAGACGACAUGGACGUGAGUGGUCAGGCCUUGCCAACACCUCAGGUAGAGGACGACGUCGUCGACGGGCACGACGAUGGCGAAGAGACAGUGUGCUCCGUGGCCACUACAAGGGCAGCUGGAACUGCAACGACGCGUCUCCGCGCCUCGCCACUGGCCGCACAUGCCAGUGGCACCAUCAUUGGCCCGGAACUGCGGCGUUUUUCGUUUGACGACAGCCUCGACGAAAUUGCAAACCGGGCCUGGACUGUGCAGCAGUCACGGCAGCAGCAGCAGCAACAGCUUAGAGGCCGCUCCGGCGGCAGCGUGCGAUCGACGUCGGCAGAAACAACGGAGGGGGGCGGGACGGCGUCGUCCCCCUCCACUUCCUUCUCGCUUCGCCAGUGGCUCCGGCAGCGUCCUUCACCACUGCAGUGGCAGAACAGUGGUCCUCGUACAGCCAGUCGUCGACCGCACGCUGGGCACACCCACAGCGGUGCGGCCACACCACAUGUGCAUGCCAUCAUCGGCAGCCCCGAGCAGGCAACCGGCAAAACCUUUGACGAGGAUGGGGUGCGGGUCGAAACAACUUCGGGUAGCUUCGCAGGAGAAGCUGCACCGACCGAUGUCACGCCUGCGGUGUACAUGGGCGUGCAGCUAGCUCUUCAGGAGCACUUCCGCAACAACAUCCGGCACACUCUGACCGGCAGCACGCUCGCGGCGCCAAGGAGCCUGAAUGAGCUGGUUCAGCAACAACAGCCGCCGCCGCGCGGUAUCACGACGAGACCGAGCAGUCACAGCAGUGAGCGGGUCUCAACGACAGACGGUGGCGUUGCAGAGGCGGACAUGGACUCAGCUCCGCAGCAGCAGUCGCUGCCCCUGAACCCCUCUCUGGUCUCCUCCCCAGAGGUGGCGCAGCAGCUCUUCUUGUCCUUUUACACCUUCAACCCUUCUAACACCAACACAAGCAUCUUCUCUCUGGCAAGGGCGCCCUCCGCGACAUCGACGGGCAACGCUCUGGGCGCCGAUGCGGGUGGGUCGCCCGGCCUGAAGAUGGGCAUCGACUUUUCUGCGUUGUACUCCCCAACGACGCAGGAUCCGGUGGACACGGCGAGGGUGUGGGACCGCACCUUCUGGAGAUUUCUGGGCGGGUUCACCGCCACUGGCGACCUCGCAGUGCUGCUCACGCUGUUAAACACGGGAAAUCCAACACAGACGCAGGGUGCCGCAGCACUGACCGCUGCCACCAGCGGCGUCUCAGCCGGGUCCAAGGGCUCGUUCGGGACUUGGAGGGGUGGCGCUAGCACAAAAAGCGGCAUAACGAACAACGCGGCAGCGGCGGCGGCGGCGACCGAUGCGGCAGUGGUGUCUGGUAAGAGCCUGGGGACCAGCCCGCACACACCCAAAUUCGGGACGCAACUGCUCAUGGAGGCACUCAAGCGCAGCGGCACCUACUCGCAUCUGCGGCCCCCAGCGAGCGCUUUUCAGAUGUUGAGCAGCAGCAUCGCCUCAGCUGCAGGCACAGCCGGCGGCGCCAGAGUCGCAGACGAGGCAGCGGGCGGCCGUGUCGCCGCGAAGGGUGAGCGGGAUAUGAUGGACGACGAGGUCGAGCAGCAGCAGCACGCCCACAGAACACCGCUGAGCCCUGAAGCACAGAACCCUCCCCUCGCCGGCUCGCGUAUGAACAACAACACCUGCACAGUGCUUCUCAGUUUGGAUGACUUCGCGAGGGAGGAAGAGGUGCGGCUGCAUCGCGACUUCUGGACGCACAUUCCGGCCAUCCUCGCGACACUCACGGAGGGCGUCAUGUACAGCGGCAGCCACGGAGCUGCACACCCGCACAAGGGCAGCGAAAGUGCGCCGUAUGAAGCAGGCGCCGACCGUGGUGAGGUGGCUAGUCUGCGUGACCAUUACGGCAGUAGUGGCUGCUGGAACUCCGCCCCCCAUUACGGUGCCACCAACGAGAGUGGGAGGGGUGAUGAAGUGCUGCAGGAUCUGGCGGCUAGUGCUGGCGUUGCAGCCUCGGCAGCUGGGGACGGUGCGGACGAAAACGUACUCGCCGCGCUUCAUCUACCGAGCGUGGAAGCGCUGCAGCUGCUGCCCACCUUCUGCCCUCUCCUGCACAACUACACUGGCGCAGUGACGCGGCUGAUCCGCUCGGCGCCCGAGUACGCGCGCUCCACACAGGCCCAGCACGCUCGCGCGCUCGCCGUCGUGGCAGCCGCGGCAGCUCAACAGCAGCAACAGCAACAGGCUGCCCUCUCACCCAACUUCAACGACGUGGCCGGCGUUGACGGCGAGUGCCCAGCGGAGUGCGAGCACAGCACCACCGCCUCUACCAGCUCAGCAAGCGCGCCGCUGAGCAACGCGCGUGUUGGGCUAACGCGCACGGCGGCGAAGCGCUUUUCUGUGCCACACAUGCAGGAGUUGAAGGACAGCCACACAUCACUCAGCGGGAGUGACCGUCGACCUGGUGGUGCUGCAGCUGCUGGUGCUGCGGUGGCGGCGGCGGGACGCACUUUUAAUGCCAACAGCCCAGCACCCGCGGAGAUUGUAGAGCACAGCCUUUUGGCAGCUGGGAGUCGCACAGAGGUUCGAGCGGUGGACGUCGUCGUUCACGCCCUCGUCAACGCCAUUUACGUCCAGUGCGUCAUGGCGGUCGCGAUGCAGCAGCAAGCACGCGCCAAAGCCACGGGCUACGCGAUGGCGGGGCCGGCACCCACGGCCGCAGCAGCGACGUCGGUGGCGGCCGACGGGAAGACCACUCUCUUCGAGGGUGGUCGCACGCUGGCUCUCGGGAGCUCUCUGAAUGGAAACGGGCCGUGCGCGCGCGGCUCAUCCGACGGCAGCUCUGCCGCCGAGGGCGGCCUGGGCACGACAAGUGGCAACAACAACGCCAGCAUGGUCACUGACGAGGACCGUGUCCUCGAUAAAAGUGCUGCCAACGUCAGCCUGAGCUACGCCGGCGGUGGCUACUCGCUGAAUGCGAGCUUCGGUGUGGCGCCGAACACGUUGUCUCACUCGAGUCCACAUCCACCGCAUCCCAUGGCCAUACGAACCGGCGGCGGCGACGUUGGUGGAACGAUAGGGAGCACGAGCAACGGCUCUUACCAUGACCCGCGAAGCCAUCAUCUACCACAGGCGCAUGCGCAUCACCAGCAGCCCCAACAGCUGUCACAGCUUCUGCGCAACUUCUCGUUCGACACGACGUGCUCUCCAACGGAUGCGGCGCUCUCGCUCUUGCGGAUGGCGCGUGAGGGUAAGAGCAACAGGCACGGCGGUGGGGAAGGGGAUAGAAGGCCGGACAGCGUCGGAAGCGAUGGAUCUACGACGGCGAACCUUGGUCUCCACCCGUCACUCGUUCUCCCAACACCGUGCACCAAUCUGCACUCCAUUGAGCUCACCACGCAGGAUAUCGUCGCCUGCGCCAACGACUUCUCGUGGGUGUCGCUGCCGAGCGUCAUGAAGGCGGAGCUGCAGCACCUGCAAGAGCAGCUGCGCGGCACCAGCCGCGCGGCGCAACGCAUGGAAGGGCAGGUGCGAGGCGAACUAGCUCUACUCCUCUUCCGCCUCUUGUCCAUUGUCCUGGACUGGCUCAUGCCUGCCGUGUACGUGGCAGACCCGCGUGUGUGGUUAUUCUACCGCAAGUGGUGCUGCGACCUGUACCGCGUCUUGUGUACGGAUGCCGCCCUCCUGGAGGAGUUCCAUAGACUCUUGAAUCAGAGCGACCUCGCGGUGAGCAGCACGGCGGCGGACGUGAGUGGUCUGCCGAGUCGACGGCGUGGGUCGACGAGGGACGUGCACGGGGUGAGUCAGACCAAGGCGCGCUCGGUGGCCAGAACGCCUACCCUCAGCCCUCUACAGGACCCGCCGUCGUUGCCAAGUAGCGGGAUGGCGCAGCCGCAGCCACAGGCUCGGUUACACUUGCCCGGCACACCAGCAGCAGUGAGCACCGCCGCCAUAGACAACGGUGAUUACCACGAUGCCAGUACGGUCUUCCUUGCGCUUGAAGGGGCGGCGGCGUCCACGGGUGGAGCUGCGCGACACCGUAGCACCUCGUGUGCUUCACCUCUGACGGACAACGCCUCGGUGGCCACUAGUGCAUCCAUCGAGGACGCCUUCAGCUUCAUCCUUCCAGGGUCCAGCCUCGUUGUUUCGGUGUCGCACGAGACGCCGCCCGUGCAACCUGGGGUGCGGAACCUGCUUGCCCAGGAAGAGGCGGAUCGAAGAGAAGCCUUAGCUGACAUGGCGUUGUUGCGCGCUGCGCACGCGCUGCUGAAUGACGAGGGGACUGUCGUGCCGCUGCCGUGCCCGUUCCUGAUCACGCGUCUUGUGGCGGCAACCUUGCGUGGCAUCGAUGCCGACAUCGCCGAAUCGCUUCUUUGGGUCGCUGGGCAGGCGCCUGCCUCAGACCCCGCUGCCCGGGCGGGUGUCGGCAGCGGCGUCGAGGAUGCCGCCGGUGACAUCCUGGUGGAUGCGCGAAGGAGCGGAAGCGUCAAGAGUUGCACGGCGCAAAGCCAGCGCGCGGCGGCCGUAGGCACUCGGGGGCUGCGGGAAGACGGAGAACGCCGCGACACCAGUCGCAGCGGGCACGCCCACGAUGCGGAGGAGGAUGAGGAAGAGACUGUUUUGCCGGGGCGGCACCUUAGCCACGCGGCUCACCGUACUGCCUCCGGGCAUCGACUGCCCUCCCACCACCACAGCCGCUGUGUUCGCCACCACCGGAGCAUCUCCGCUGAUGCCCGCGUGGGCGGCAGCACGUCUCCAGCGGCUGCCAGCUACUACACCGUCGAUAGCGAGGAGGACGACGCCGGGUACGGCGAUCACUGGUAUGGCGUCCUCGCACGUCGCGAAAGGAGUCAGCUGGCGCCUUCUUCUCUGCCGGACCCCGCCACGGCCAACGGCCCGGGAAGAGGAGCUGCCGCCAGUACCUCCUCUAUUCCCCCGCACACUACCCCUCGCACUCCCUUCAGCGACCUCACCUCCACCGGUGGUCUGCAGCGCCUGUCCCUCCCACCCCAGCCAUCCGAAGGCCCCACACUGGUGCACCAUCACCGCUUCCGCUACCCGUCCGUUCACGGCUACGCGGACGUGGCGAAGCUGUAUCUCAGCACGCUUGAUGACGCAGAACUCGUCCUCUCAUCACACGAUCCUGUGUACGCCUCGCUGGUACUGAGCACCGCGGACCUGCACCUGCACGAUUUACGUGACACCUCCACGGCCGCCUCGCUGGUGAGCACGUACUUGGUAGAUGUUGGCGAGGAGCGCAUACAGAGGCCGGUGUGGGAGGAGUUACCCGCCGUCGUGAUCAGCGACGAAGGCGGCGGCGUUGCGGCCUCCCCGCUCAACGUCGCAGGAGAUGCUGCUGGGGGCUCUUCGUCUGCCCGACCAGCGCCAGGCAGGGGCUUUUCUGUGACGCGUGCUCGACAAGGCAACACACAGGGCCCAACCUCGACAACCGCAGCUCCGGGCGCCGCUGGGUCGGCGCCGUUGCCGCCACAGCAGCAGCAGCCGUACGUGCCGAUGGUCAUCCCGUCCUGGAACAACGAGCAAGAGAAGGAAGAGUUUCUCGUGGCACUGCAGCUGCUGCGGCAGAUGCAGGCCUUUCUCGCCGUGGAGCAGACGAAGCUGCAACACAACGUCUUGGAGACUUGA